AUGAUGGACAAUCCGCUGCCCAUGUUGGAUUCUAACGUCACCGGGUCCGGCAGUUGGAGGUUCGAUGUAGAUGAGAACGUGACACGUGCUCCAGAGAUCCUACGGGCGACCCACAUGGUUGCGAUCAACUCAUCAACUCCUGAAACUCUGGUUACGGGCUUUCUGUACUUCACGCAGCGAGUUUAUCAGAACGGCUCUCUCCCCGGCACGACGCUGAUGCGAGAAGAUCUGAAAGUCUGGGAUUGUGGCACGAGCUUCGACUGCGACAACCUGCAGCCCAUGAACGACAGCGACACCGUUCUGAGCGUCUAUGUGGAGCCCUGGGAUGCCAGCAGCUUCGUCUUGCUUCCGGGCCUUGUGGAGUUUCGAGUUGUUCUCCCGGACGAUCUGCCCCGCAGACUGAAGGUCGUCGUACCCCCGUACAGCUUCAUGGGCGCAGACAGCCGACCAGGCUCGGGCCGCAGGGCAGAGUCCUUGCAGAGAGGCCAUCGGAUGAUGGUUCCAAAUGCUGCUUCGAAGCUGCUCGCAAGCUGCUCCCGCUUUCACAGGCAGCUUGGCGGGGCCCCUUGCCCAGUACGAACUGGAAAUCGACACCGGCGAGGAUCCCACUGUCGAUAUCGCGAGGCGGGAGCAGGGCAGUGCGAGGCAUUGAUGCGUGGACGGCUGCCUUGCCAUCUUUUAGCCUUCUGA